AAUAAAAUGGAAGAGAAAGAUCAGUAUGAGAAAUGUCAUGAUUUCAUGGUUGGGGUGAAAUCUUUUAGUUACUCAAAGACUCAUAAAACAGAAACUAGAAACUUUGAAGUCCAGAUGAAAGUUAACACUGGAGAGAGCCCUUUCACCUGCCAACACUGUGGGAAGGGUUUCUCACUAAAAGGAAAUCUUAAAAUUCACAUGAGAGUUCACACUGGAGAGAGCCCUUUCACCUGCCAACACUGUGGGAAGGGUUUCUCACUAAAAGGAAAUCUUAACAUUCACAUGAAAAUCCAUGCUGGAGAGAAGGCUUUCAUAUGCUCUCAGUGUGGAAAGAGAUUUACACAGAAAAAUACCCUUAAUGCCCACAUGAGAGUUCACACUGGAGAGAAGCCUUACACCUGCAAAAUGUGUGGGAAUAACUUCACGCGAAAAGAAAAUCUUGAAAUUCACAUGAGAGUUCACACUGGAGAGAGACCUUUCACCUGCAAACUGUGUGGGAAAAGCUUCACACGAAAAGAAAAUCUUAAAAUUCACAUGAGAGUUCACACUGGAGAGAAGCCUUACACCUGCAAACUGUGUGGAAAGUGUUUUAAACAGAAAAAGUAUCUCAAUGGCCACAUGACAAUUCACACCGGAGAGAAGCCGUUUGUUUGUGAUCAGUGUGAAAAGAGUUUCAGGUGUAAAGCGCACCUUGAUCUUCACAUGAGGAGUCACUCAGGAGAGAACUGUUUUAUAUGUCACCAGUGUGGAAAGAGUUUCUCACACAAAGGAAACUUUGAGAAUCACAUGAGAGUUCACACUGGAGAGAAGCCUUUCACCUGCCGUAAUUGUGGAAAGAGCUUCACAAUUAAAGGAAACCUUAAGAUUCACAUCAGAGUUCACACUGGAGAGAAACCUUACAAAUGUGUUCAGUGUGAAAAGAGUUUCACAUAUCACACAGACCUAAAACGGCAUUUGCAAGCUCACUCUGGAAAGAAAAUCCAAACCUUGCCACACUGAGGAAAAUUGCAAUUUCAACAAUCAUCUGCGCAUUCACUCUGAAGAAAG